AUGGCUAUGAGUCUGCUACGUGUCCUUGAUAAGGCACAAUGGCUAGUGAUCUCAAUGUCCAUGGUGGCUGUCAUUGUGUUUGGAUCGUUCCAUCUCAUUUACUUUUUCACUGGUUCAAUCCUAUGUGCCAUAACCGCCAAGAUACUCAAACACCUUAUCCGACAACCUCGACCCCGUGUAUCCUCUCAACAUGAGGCUAUCAGCAGUAGCAAGACAUCCUAUGGAAUGCCAUCCUCUCACUCCCAAGUCAUGGCCUUUUUUGCCACCUACUGUCACUGUGCAGUGCGUUACGUUACACCACUCACCAUUGCACUCGCUAGUAUUUUAUACAUUUUCACUGCCAUGGUACUAUGGUCGCGUGUGCGUUUAGGGCAUCAUACUUUGGCACAGGUAUCCGUGGGUACGCUUGUUGGUGCAUCCAUGGCAACCAUGUGGCAUCAGCUAUGGCAACAACACAUCAUGUCCAUGCUCAUCACCCCCUAA